GGGAUGAUUCAAGCGCAUUACAUCUAUUGUGCACUUUAUUUCUAUUAUUGUUGCAUUGGCUCCACCUCAGAUCAUUGGGCAUUAGAUCCCAGAGGUCGGGGACCCCUGGUGCUGGGAACCGACAAUGUGAGGACAGAGCUGCUCACCCAGAGUCCUUCACAUCAUAGAUCCUGCUGCUUCUCACUAGACCAAGUGGAGGGCCAGCCCCUGCUCACCAGCAGUUCUGUUUUAUGGGCUAGAAGUUGUACUUGCAUCUUCUCUGGAUAUCAGAGUCUCCUGUGUCUCCAAGGUGGGCCUCCCUGGAGCUGCAUGGUGCCCUUCCGAAAGUGCCAGGGCCCAUGCGUAAGAUGGAAGGGUCCCAGCCUGCCUUCCCAAUUCCCCCCUCCAUCUGCUUGCCUCUGUUUCCGCCCCUUCUCCCUUUUCAGAAUCUACUGGACAGCUUACUUGAGUGGUUGACCAGACUGAAGGGAGGGCUGAGGCUAGGGGAGCUUAGCCGACUGGAGGUCACACCUUCCAGGGGAAUCUUCUAAUCUUAAGGCACUUAGCUGGCCUGGUCCCGCCCCCUCGCAGCCAACCCCCUCCACUGCCCGUCCCGUUCGGUUGACCAGGAGAUGAUGAAGAGGCUGGCAGAGCAGAGGAAAGGUGGGAAGAGGGCCCUCGCCUAAGGAAUAGGUCGGCAGCGUCUCAGCAGGAGGCACAGGCUCUGCUCCCUGCCGUCCUGGGGCCAGGAUGGGGCAGCAGUUCAGCUGGGAGGAGGCGGAGGAGAACGGCGCAGUCGGUGCGGUGGACGCGGCGCAGCUUCAGGAGUGGUACAAGAAGUUCCUGGAGGAGUGCCCCAGCGGCACGCUCUUCAUGCACGAGUUCAAGCGCUUCUUCAAGGUCCCGGACAACGAGGAGGCCACCCAAUACGUAGAGGGCAUGUUCCGAGCCUUUGACACGAAUGGGGACAACACCAUUGACUUCCUGGAAUACGUGGCAGCCCUGAACCUUGUGCUGAGGGGCACCCUGGAGCACAAGCUCAAGUGGACCUUCAAGAUCUACGACAAGGACCGCAAUGGCUGCAUCGACCGCCAGGAGCUGCUGGACAUCGUGGAGUCCAUCUACAAGCUGAAGAAAGCCUGCAGUGUGGAGAUGGAGGCCGAGCAGCAAGGCAAGCUGCUCACACCCGAGGAGAUCGUGGACAGGAUCUUCCUUCUGGUGGAUAAAAAUGGAGAUGGCCAGCUGUCCCUGAAUGAGUUCGUUGAAGGUGCCCGUCGUGACAAGUGGGUGAUGAAGAUGCUGCAGAUGGAUCUGAACCCCAGUAGCUGGAUCUCUCAGCAGAGGCGGAAAAGUGCCAUGUUCUGAGGGCUCUGAGGCCCUGGGAGCCCUCCAAGACUCCAGGCUCACCAGCUUUCCAGAGCAGGGGGAGGGUCCCUGGUUCAACCUGCUUAUGCCCACACUUAUCCUGGCUUGAACUUCCUGGCAUCCCCUUGCAGGGGGUGGGGCUGAGUGGGGGAGGGCAGGGGUCAUUAGUCUGACAUGGCCAACAGGGCUGGUCCAUUAGGAGGAUUCAUGGGGUACUGAAGGGACUUGGCUUCCUGUCCCCCUUCAGCUGCUUCUGGGAAAGCUAUGCCUUGCUAGGUGACUGUGGGGUUCCCACAGAUUCCUACAUGGUUCUUAGUUGGAAGCACAGAGAUCUAGUGGUAGGGGUUCCAUAGACGAAAUUAGCAAUGAAAAGGCCCACACAGUGUGAAACUGACUAGUAGAAGGGUGGGGCUGGCAGGUGUUGACUCUGAAGAACAGGAACUGGGGAGAAGGGAUGGAUAACAAUUACAUCUCCCCAGGAUCCCGAGGACUGUUCUUCCUGCCCUUGGAGGGGGUAGAUUGUGCUUAAAGGGGCUGUUUCAGCUCUGCCCUGGUGCUGCUCCUCUUCCAACCCUCCUCCCCCACUCCCUACCCCUCAUCCCUUACUCAGCUCUCCAACCCCCACCCCCAGAAUGGACCCUCCACAAUUCGCCAUCACAAGCCCACAAGCCAAGUAUGUCUCCUUAAAGGAUGGAGGAACCUUUCUUCUAUCUCUGGGGAGAACUGGGGCCUGCCAACCUGGGUUCUAGAACAGGCUCUGCCUCCAACUCCUGUGUGACCCGCAGCGGGCAUUUCUUUCCCCUGACCUAGAUGUUUUGUCUGCACCAUGAGCAGGCUGGACUCAACAAGCAGUUUUCAGAUUAUUACUUUUUUAGAUAUGGGAUUCUUUUUGUUAUACAAACUCUAUGUGCAGCCUCCAUACAGAAACUAGAUUAAAAGGCGGUCCCUCUGGC